GUUUCGAUUGUUGAGAGAAAUGUUUCGCUGCGUUGGAAAGAUUGUUCUGCGAAGUUCGAAAGAUAAAAUGACGAAGAAAAGUAGAAGAGAAGAUGCUGAACCGAAUGUUCAGGAAAAUAAUAAUUACUCAUUUCAGAAUGACAAACAUUUGCCUGCAACGAAAUGUGACUCGUUGAACAAAGGCGAGUGGCAGUUGCAAGCAAAUAACCGGAAAAAGGACGGAAAACUUAUGGGAUAUCUAAGAAAUAUAUUCCAUAAAUUCUUGUUAUGUUGUUGCGUUUCAGGCGAGAUUUCUGAUUCGGAGACUUACGAACCGAAGAAGAAUCUCGCAGAUUUGAACCUCGAAUUCGACUGUGUUAGUAAACCCAAAAAGUUUAUUGACAAAUACCAAAUUACUAAAGAAAUUGCACGAGGAAGAUAUGGAACUGUUUAUUUGGCUAGGACGAAAUUUUCCGAAAAGGAAAAGGCUGUAAAAAUUGUAAAGAAAAAAUUUUCUAAUUCUGAUCAGUUUGAAGAAAUCCAGACGGAAUUAAACGUUUGGAAUUCUGUGUCCGCCCAUCCAAAUAUUGUCAGGUUGAUUCGAUUCUUCCAAACUGACACAAGCUUUUGCUUUGUAUCGGAUUUUGUCGAGGGAGAAUCUUUGAGAAUUUUUUUACAAAAGUAUGGUCCUAUAGCGGAGAGUAAAGCGAAAGUGUUUGCCGCUCAAGUGGCCUCUGCUAUUAUGUAUAUUCAUAAGAAUGGAAUUAUACACAGAGACAUCAGUGCUAACAACAUUAUGUUAGACGUGUACAAAGGUGCACAAGUAAUUGAUUUCGGUCUGUCCACAUACGAACGAAACCCAACAAAGUUUUGUGGAACUUUAUCAUUUCUUUGUCCGGAAAUUCUACAGAGGAAGCCUUAUGAUUCCUAUUGUGACUGGUGGGCGUUCGCCAUCGUAUUAUUUCAAGCGUUGGUUGGAACAACACCUCUGCAAAUUUAUGUAAAAGAAGCAUUUAAUAUUGAUAAUGUGUAUUUAUUGCCCCGUUACUACUGGAUAAGAGUUGCUGUAGCUGCUGUAAAUGUGCCGGUGUCCUAUCCUGCUACAUUAUCGGAUGAUGCCAAACAUUUUAUUAACGAUUUAUUGCAAAAGGACCCAUACAGACGUCCUCUAGAAGCAGAUAUUCUGAAACACAAGUAUUUUAAUGAAGUGCCUUGAUCCGUAAUUACUGGGUUUUGAACCGAAGAGAUUCCAAAUAGAGUUAUAAAAUAAAGAACUAUUGAAUAAAGAAUUUCUUCAAUUUCAUUUGGCUUUCAUUUGGCCAAAGUUUUUUCUUUUUAAUUUUAAUUUUAAGUGAAUC